UUUUUUGGUCCAUUCCAACAGUCAUUCCAGCAGGCUGAAAGGUUUUAAAAUCUCUAUUCUUUCCUCUAAUUGGUUGACUGUCCCCUCAGUUGUGAAUUAUUUGUGAUAUCCCUAAGCACAUCUUGAUGAAAACCUUACAAGGAAUGAACCUACAAAGUCCCGCUGUGCCAGGACCUCCCUCCAGGUCAGUGUUGCUCCUCUGUGAUGUUAGCACCCCUGGGUUUGUCGCUUAUCACCUCUGGGGACUUCAAACCGUAUUGUCACUUAGCCCAGUGUUUCCGAUCUCUUGCAGCUAUGCUUUGAGCCACAGAUGCUUUGCUGAGAUCCAGGUGCUCUGUGUCUAUAAUGUACCGCUCUGAUAGUCCUGUGAAAAUGCCCUGAGAUGAGGGUGGUGCCCCAGGAAAGGAGAGUUAGUAGCAAGCUUGGUUAGUCACGGCUGUGAGGGCAGAGGUCCCCUUGGUUCUCCUCACUGAUGUCUGUAGGUUUCAAUCCUGAGCCCCACUUCCUGUAACACACUUGUGGGUGUUAGCCGUGGGUGAUUUUUAAGGCGAGACUAGAAGCCCAUAUUCAGAUGUGGAGUCCUAAUCUUUGUUUCUAGGGCUCACCAUUAUUAAAGACAUCCUCCUUUGCAGAGUACAUGUGGUCUAUGAAGAGCCGACCUCACUGUUGGGUGCAUAAGGCUGCUUCUCGGAAGAUGUAGGGGUGUUCAUUAGGUUGUGAAAUGUGCCACUACUAAACGUAGUCAGCGUGUAAAGUGAAGGAAAGGAAGUGAGAUGCUGUGUGGAUCAUUUAUGUUAACAGAAGAAGGGGGGAAGACAAUUCACUCAUUUGCAUAGUCCUUCCAAAUAAGACUGCCAAGACCAAGUGAGAUGAUUUCAGGGUCAGUCAGGAGGCGGCGUGAUGUAGUGGAAAGAGUGUGUGGGCCUCAGGGGCUGGAGUAGGUCCUCCUUUGUCACCACCAAAGAGCUGUGUGAUGUUGGCUGUGGGGGAAGCGGGGAGUCAAAUGAAGAAUUGCCACAGUGGACCGGUCCAGCAGCUGUAGAAGAAGACAUGCGGUGUAUAUAAAGUUUGUGAUAGUUGGGGGAAAUUUUGGAAUUUAGAUAAUGGGCUGUGUGCAAUGUAAGGAUAAAGAAGCAACAAAACUGACGGAGGAGAGGGAUGGCAGCCUGAACCAGAGCUCCGGGUACCGCUAUGGCACAGACCCCACUCCGCAGCACUACCCCAGCUUCGGCGUGACCUCCAUCCCAAACUACAACAACUUCCACGCAGCCGGAGGCCAAGGGCUCACUGUCUUUGGAGGUGUGAACUCUUCAUCUCAUACCGGGACCUUGCGUACCAGGGGAGGAACAGGAGUGACCCUGUUUGUAGCCCUUUAUGAUUAUGAAGCACGGACGGAAGAUGACCUGAGUUUUCACAAAGGAGAAAAAUUCCAAAUAUUGAACAGCUCGGAAGGAGAUUGGUGGGAAGCCCGCUCCUUGACAACAGGAGAGACUGGUUACAUUCCCAGCAAUUACGUGGCUCCAGUUGACUCUAUCCAGGCAGAAGAGUGGUACUUUGGAAAACUUGGCCGAAAAGAUGCUGAGCGACAGCUUUUGUCCUUUGGAAACCCAAGAGGUACCUUUCUUAUCCGUGAAAGUGAAACCACCAAAGGUGCCUAUUCACUGUCAAUCCGAGAUUGGGAUGAUAUGAAAGGAGACCACGUCAAACAUUAUAAAAUUCGCAAACUUGACAAUGGUGGAUACUAUAUUACCACCCGGGCCCAGUUUGAAACACUUCAGCAGCUUGUACAACAUUACUCAGAGAGAGCCGCAGGUCUCUGCUGCCGCCUAGUAGUUCCCUGUCAUAAAGGGAUGCCAAGGCUUACCGAUCUGUCUGUCAAAACCAAAGAUGUCUGGGAGAUCCCUCGAGAAUCCCUGCAGUUGAUCAAGAGACUGGGAAAUGGGCAGUUUGGGGAAGUAUGGAUGGGUACCUGGAACGGAAACACAAAAGUAGCCAUAAAGACUCUUAAACCAGGCACAAUGUCCCCGGAGUCAUUCCUUGAGGAAGCACAGAUCAUGAAGAAGUUGAAACAUGACAAGUUGGUCCAGCUCUACGCGGUCGUGUCUGAGGAGCCUAUCUACAUUGUCACCGAGUACAUGAAUAAAGGAAGUCUACUUGAUUUCUUAAAAGAUGGGGAAGGAAGAGCUCUGAAAUUACCAAACCUUGUGGAUAUGGCAGCACAGGUUGCUGCAGGAAUGGCUUACAUCGAGCGAAUGAAUUACAUCCACAGGGAUCUGCGAUCAGCAAACAUUCUAGUGGGGAAUGGACUAAUAUGCAAGAUUGCUGACUUUGGAUUGGCUAGAUUGAUUGAAGACAAUGAAUACACAGCAAGACAAGGUGCAAAGUUCCCCAUUAAAUGGACGGCCCCCGAAGCAGCCCUGUACGGGAGGUUCACGAUCAAGUCUGACGUGUGGUCUUUUGGAAUCUUACUCACAGAGCUGGUCACCAAAGGAAGAGUGCCAUACCCAGGCAUGAACAACCGGGAGGUGCUGGAGCAGGUGGAGCGCGGCUACAGGAUGCCCUGCCCGCAGGACUGCCCCAUCUCUCUUCACGAGCUCAUGAUCCACUGCUGGAAAAAGGACCCGGAAGAACGGCCCACUUUCGAGUACUUGCAGGGCUUCCUGGAAGACUACUUCACCGCCACAGAGCCCCAGUAUCAGCCCGGUGAAAACCUGUGAGACCGGGGUCUGCAGAGAGAGGCCUUCUCGGCGAGGCUUCCCCGCCCCCUCCCCAUUAGCUUUCAGUUCCGUAGCCAGCUGCUCAAGCAGUGAGAGCCUCCCGGAUCAGAUUGCAUGUGACUCUGAAGCUGACGAACUUCCACGGCCCUCAUUAAUGACACUUGUCCCCAAAUCUGAACCUCCUCUGUGAAGCAUACGAGACAGAACCUUGUUAUUUCUCAGACUUUGGAAAAUGCAUUGUAUCGAUGUGAUGUAAAAGGCCAAACCUCUGUUCAGUGUAAAUAGUUACUCCAGUGCCAAGACCCUAGUGCUUUCCUUUUUUUAAAAUGCAAAUCCUAUGUGAUUUUAACUGUCUUCACCUGAUUCAACUAAAAAAAAAAAAAAGUAUUAUUUUCCAAAAGUGGCCUCUUUGUCUAAAACAAUAAAAUUUUUUUUCAUGUUUUAACAAAAACCAAUCAGGACAGGUGUUUGGUUUUUUCUUUUUUUAUAAUAGGAAUAUAUAUAAUAUAUAUGUCCCUGUACAUACACCAUGUGGGUGCUAAUGUGGAGACCAUGGCCGACCUGGGCCGUAAAGCCUCGGGACCCAGAGUGAGGAUUUUACUGCCAAAUCAGCAUAAAAGCACUGGUGUCAUUCUGCAAACCAGUGGCCUCCUUUUUGGCUUUUGCAAAGCAUGAUCUUUUUUCUUUUUUUCUUUUUUUUUUUUAAUUUGGAUUGCACUUUUUUGGUUCAUGAUUGUACCCGUAGAUGGCUGUUCCUUUGACUCAUUUCAAGCAGCCCCAGAGCUGAAUUCACAAGUUCUGUUUCCAGUGUUUGCUUUGACUUAACUGCGAUUUGUUCUUGAAGCCUAAAAGCAUAUUGAAGCAAGCAAAUGGCCAAUAACUACCAGGGGAACUGGAAGAUGGAUACCACACAUACUUCUUGUAUAAAAAUAUGAAUGCUGAAAUGUUUCAAACUUUUUUUAUUUAAUAAACCUUGUAACCACAUUUAAAUGGUCUAAAACCCAUAGCGUUAGAGUCAUGGCGACCUGCUAAACUUUCUCAUGCAACUAAAACUUCUGAGGGUGGGGGUUGGACAUUUCCCAUUGUAAAAUAAGUGUUUCAAACGUCCUGUACUGCUAAUGAAAUGACUUUCUCUAUGUCCAAGAAGUCUCCAGUGGAAUAACUAUGCACUACUUUACAUUUCAUGGGGAUGCACCAAAAAAAAAAAAAAAAAAA